AUGACGCAAGGUAAACAUCUGAAAUGACAUUUCAAGGAUAAAGGACGCAUGCACAGAGGACUUCUCUGUGUUUGUGUUGACAAUAUAGAUACUAAUAAUAUGUCAAUGUAGAUACUAAUUAAGAUUAUUUAUUAGUUAGUAGUUAUUUUUAGGUUUUAUCCUAAUUUUAAAUAUUCGUUAUUUGUUCGAUGGACGUUGUUUAUAAACCAUGGAAAUAUCCCAAAGAACCCCUGAAAAUUCGCCAAAUUUCUGCGAGUGGUGUAUGAAUAUUGCGACUAGCAAUUGUGGAAAUUGUCAUGCUGCUUAUUACUGCUGCCGAGAACAUCAAAUGGCUCAUUGGUCUAUUCAUAAACAAACGUGCAAGAAAAUUCCUCAAAGUUAUCCUCCUGUGGCGGUAGUAAAUCCCAUGAUCAAUACUGCUCAGAGAAUCGACAAUUUCACACCACAAAAUUCAUGGUGUUCAAAUAACUUGCAGAUGAACAGAUCUGAAACAUUAAAUGUGCCAAUGGGAGCUUCUAACAACUUCAGUUCAAAUCCAUCGCUUCUUGUACCUGAAAAACCAAUCCAAUUCCAACCUCCUAGUGUUGAUGAAAUGUUUUCUUCUUAUGAAUACAGUGAUUUCUUAAGCUCUGCAAACAACUUCUGGAACUUAUUCAAUGCAUUUGACACUCAGAAUGUAUCAUCUGCUGAAGAAGAUCCUGAAAAAGACAAAGCUAUUGCAAAGAUAUCUGAAACUUUGCAAGAAACUGCUACUGCCUUCUUGAAUCAAAGUGAUAACCAGUUUCCUGAAGACACAACUGGUCUGAUGCAGUGUGCUUCUUUGCAGGAUAUUUGUGACAACAUUGUUCGAGAUUUGAAUACUUUUGGAAUUUGUGUUUUGGAUAAUUUUAUUGGAGCAAGACAGGGGACUCUGAUUUUAAAUGAAGUUAAAAAUCUUUAUUAUAAAGGUAUAUUUAAGAAAGGAGAAUUAGUGACUCCAAACCCUUUUAUGUCAGAAGAGAAUAUUCGCUCUGAUGUUACCACUUGGGUAAAUGGAACUGAACCUGAAUGUUCCAAUAUUGGCAAUUUGAUGAGAAAACUAGAUGUUGUAGUUACAACAUGCAAUAAAAUGAAAAAUAAUGGUGUCUUGUCUCGGUACAAACUUCAUCGCAGGACAAAGGCCAUGAUUGCUUGCUAUCCGGGUGAUGGAACAUACUACAAGAAGCAUAUAGAUAAUCCACAAAAAGAUGGACGAUGUAUAACAUGCAUAUAUUAUCUGAAUAAAAACUGGAAUGCUAAGGAGCAUGGAGGUCUUUUGAGAAUGUUUCCUGUUGCCAAUAAUACUCAAGUUGCUAAUAUAGAACCCAUUUUUGAUCGUAUGAUAUUUUUCUGGUCAGAUAAAAGGAAUCCACAUGAAGUUUUGCCAUCUUAUCAAACAAGGUUUGCCAUAACUGUGUGGUAUUUUGAUGCUGACGAGCGAGAUCGAGCUUUGAUGACUUUCAGAGAACAAAGAGCCCGACAAUGCAGAGCCUAAUUUAUUAUUGCAAUAAGUUGCAAAAUAAUGAUAUGUCUUUAAGACAUUUAUACCGAAUUUGAACCUCAUUGUACAUAUUUGUUAAAAAUCUCAAUAUUAUUGUUUUGUACUUUGAUUUUUUAAAGAAGUUUUUCAUUAAAUCUGGAUAUUUUUAGA